AUGUCCAAAUUAUUGCAGUUUCGUUGCGCGCUCGUCACCGGCGGCGGCGGCGGCAUCGGCAAAGCCAUGGCCCAAUACUUCAUCUCGCAAGGCAAGACGGUGCUCCUCGUCGGCCGCACCGAGUCCAACCUCCAAGCCUCGGCCAAGGAAAUCGGCGCUGCGGGCUACUACGUCCUCGAUGUCGGCGACAGCGCCGCCAUCCCCAGCUUCGUGCAAAAAGUCCUCCAGGACCACCCAGACCUCGACUGCAUUGUCAACAAUGCCGGCGUGCAACGCCCUCUCAAAGUCCUCAGCGACAACGAGGACUUCCUCGCCAAAGCCGACCAGGAAAUUGACAUUAACAUCCGCGGCCCCCUGCACCUAACGAUGCACCUGCUGCCGCACCUGCAGAAGCAGCAGAGCCCCGUCAUCAUCAACGUGUCCAGCAUCCUUGGCUUCUUGCCGUUUUCAUUCAUCAACCCGAUCUACAACGGAACCAAGGCCUGGGUGCACUUUUGGUCCCUGAACCUGCGCACGCAGCUCGCGGGCGAAAAGUCGCCGGUGCGCGUCGUGGAGAUUGCGCCGCCGACCGUCGGCACGGAUCUGCACCGCGAGCGCGAGGACCCGGACGAUAAUAAAAAGGAAAAUAACAAAAAGUCGUUGACUGUAGACGAGUUUAUGAAGGAGGUGUCGGAGAAGCUGGAAAAGGGCGAGGAGAUGAUUUCGGCUGGGCCGGGCGUGCAGAUCGUAGAUGACUGGUACAAGACGUUUGGGAAGCAGUAUCGCGAUGCGGAAAAAGCUUCUUAA